CUACCUCUCCCACCAGAGUUUUGCCCACACCUUUCAUUUCUGACACUUUCCCCAAACACCAACUCUCCCAAAAAUGGCCUCCACUCUCUCCAGCGCCAUGCUCAGCACCACAUUCGUACGCCGCCAGCCCGCCGUCACAUCCCUCAAGUCCCUCCCUAACAUGGGUCAGGCUCUCUUCGGCCUGAAAACCAACCACCGCGGUGGCCGCGUGAAGGCCAUGGCCGUCCACAAAGUGAAGCUCAUUACUCCAGAUGGAGAGCAAGAGUUUGACUGCCCUGAUGACGUUUACAUUCUUGACCAAGCGGAGGAGCUUGGAAUUGACUUGCCGUACUCCUGCCGUGCCGGCUCUUGCUCUUCAUGUGCCGGGAAAAUUAUUAACGGUUCUGUGGAUCAGUCUGAUGGGAGCUUUCUUGAAGAUGAUCAAAUGGAUUCCGGAUGGGUUCUGACUUGUGUGGCAUAUCCUCAGAGCCCUGUGGUGAUUGAGACUCACAAGGAAGAGGAGCUCACUGCUGCUUGAAGUUGAAUGUGGUUAAAAAUUAUUUGUAGAUUAGAAUCUCAUGCUUGCGUGUUGGUUGGUUUUAGUGUUUUGCAUUAAGGGACAAUAUUGAGUGUUAUGUGACGUUUUAAGAGUUAAAUUGAAGGGUUUUUGUACUUGAAUUUCAUUUGAUGUCAGAAAUGAAAUGAAGCUCUUUUAGCUUAAUAAUGUAACAUCUCUUGCUCCU